CCUUAAAUAAAUAGCACUAAAAAAACGGUGCAGCGUGUCUGAAAUUGUUCUUUAGUGAUUGAUCACUUUUGUUUGAGAAGCUGAUUAACCCAAACGCAAAUGCUUAACUUCUAAUAUUCUUCUUCCAUUUCGAAAUCAAUUACGAUGCUACCUGGUUUGCAAUACAAUAUCAAUGAUCUUUUUCAAGAAGCUAAGAAAAGAUGGCUCAAGCCUAUAGAAGUGCUUUACAUUUUGCAGAAUCAUGAUACCUGCAAGUUCACCGAUUUUCCCCUUAACCAGCCUCGUGGUGGAUCUGUGUAUCUGUUUAAUAAACGAGUCAUGCGUUUCUUUCGAAAAGAUGGUCAUAAUUGGCGGAAGAAAAAAGAUGGAAGAACUGUUUCAGAAGCGCAUGAACGGCUUAAGGUUGGAAAUGUUGAAGCUCUAAACUGCUACUAUGCACAUGGAGAGGAGAACCGUAGUUUCCAGAGGCGAAGUUAUUGGAUGUUGAACCCGGAAUAUGAGCAUGUUGUUCUCGUGCAUUAUAGAGAAACAAAUGAGGGGACAUCCAAUUCUGGUCCUGUCACACAAUCAUCACCGUUUAGUCAGAGUCGUAGCUCAUAUACUACUCCAAACCCUGAGACAACAUCCACAGUUGGUGAUUCAUGUGAACCUAAUCAGAAUUUCUCCAGUCCUGGGUUCUUAGAGGUCACCUCGGAUAUAGUCAUCAUGAAUAAUGGAACGGAUCACGUAGAGAAAACAAACGCACAAGCUCUGCGCCAAUUGGAGGAACAAUUAAGUUUGAAUGAUGACAGCUUCACAGAAAUUCCUCCCUUUUAUAGUGAGCAUGAAAUUCCCGUUGCUUUCGCUGAACCAGAUGAUCAUAAACAACCAUAUGAUGGAUAUAAUGGAACAAAAGAUUGCAGUGGCAAUCGUUAUCGUGAAUUACUUGACCAUGAUUUCCCUGGUGGGCAUGAAAAAACCUUAUCUUGGACAGAGAUGCUGGAAUCAUCCAAGUCCUCAUUUGUGAACAAGUUACCAGAACAACAUGCAUACAAGGAAUUUGAAAAUGAAACGCCUCUAUCUUCUUUUGGAAGAGAAAUGAUUGCCAACCAGGAAACCAGUUACCGGAUACACCCCAACAGCAAUAAUGAUGAGAACUCAUGGUUUUUACUUCCUCAAGACACUGGUGGAGUCCAAUUUUCUCCAUAUUCUUCAAUAGAAACUCAAGGAACUAAUUCUGACUACUAUGAAACAUUGUUUGACCAAAGCCAAAUUCAAGAACCUCGGGAUGCAUAUUCAAGCUUGACUGUUGGCCAGAAACAGAAAUUUACAAUUACAGCUGUCUCCCCAGAAUAUUGUUAUGCCAAUGAGGCAACAAAGGUGAUCAUUGUUGGAUCCUUUCUCUGCCUCCCCUCGGAUUCUACCUGGGCUUGUAUGUUUGGUGACGUUGAAGUUCCUACUGAAAUAAUUCAGGAUGGCGUAAUCUGUUGUGAGGCUCCGUCCCAUCUUCUUGGAAAGGUUGCUCUGUGCAUUACUUCAGGAAAUAAGGAACCAUGCAGUGAAAUCAAAGAGUUUGAGUUUCGUAAUAAGACCAAUAGUUGCAUUCACUGUAAUGUUUUGGAAACAGAAGUUGCCCAUAGUCCAGAAGAACUGUUAUUACUUGUUCGAUUUGCAGAAAUGCUCCUCUCUGCUUCGACUAUAAAGGAUGAUAGCUCAGAAUCUGGAGGUCAAUUUUCAACAGAACAGAAAGCAGAUGAUGAUUCAUGGAGCCAUAUUAUAGAUGCUCUCCUAGUUGGCAACGUAACUUCAUCUGGUACUAUUAAUUGUCUUCUUCAAGAGCUGCUGAAGGAUAAGCUGCGGCACUGGCUUUCUUGCAGAUCCAAUGAACGAGAUGAAGAUGCUGGUUGUUCUUUGUCCAAGAAAGAGCAAGGGAUUAUACACAUAGUUUCUGGAUUGGGUUUCGAGUGGGCCCUGAACCCCAUUCUCAGUUGUGGCAUGAAUGUUAAUUUCCGUGAUAUCAAUGGAUGGACUGCCCUUCAUUGGGCUGCACGGUUUGGAAGGGAAAAAAUGGUUACUUCACUUAUAGCUGCUGGUGCAUCUGCUGGAGCAGUGACGGAUCCAAGUUCACAAGACCCAAAUGGUAAAACUGCUGCAUCUAUUGCGGCCAGCAAUGGCCACAAGGGACUGGCAGGUUAUCUUGCAGAAGUAGAUCUAACAAGUCAUCUGUCGUCCCUCACAUUGGAAAAGUGUGAAGUUCCUAAAGAUUCUUCUGAGCUUGAAGCUGAGUUAACUGUCAGUAGUGUGUCUAAGAAAAAUCUUGAAGCCAGUGAUGAUGAGGAUUCACUAAAAAAUACCUUGGGUGCUGUCAGAAAUGCAGCUCAGGCAGCUGCACGUAUACAGGCUGCUUUCCGUGCACAUUCUUUCAGAAAACAGAUGGAGAGAGAAGCUGCCUCCACCACUUGUCUAAAUGGAUAUGUCACCGGUUUAGGUGGCAUUGGUGGAUAUGUUAGGAGCUCACGUGAUUACCAUUCAGCUGCCUUAUCAAUUCAGAAGAAAUAUAGAGGCUGGAAAGUUCGCAAAGAGUACUUAGCUUUUCGCCAAAAAGUUGUAACGAUACAGGCUCAUGUGAGGGGUUACCAGACUCGGAGGCAAUACAAGCUAAUGAUAUGGGCAGUUGGAAUCUUGGACAAGGUUGUGCUGAGGUGGCGGAGAAAACGGGUUGGUUUGCGAAGUUCUCCACAAGAAAUAGAUUCAAAAGAAGAAACUGAUGAUGAAGAUUUUCUCAAGGUGUUCAGGCAAGAGAAAGUACAUGCAGCAAUUCAAAAGGCUUUGGCACGGGUGAUUUCCAUGGUCUCUUCUGUGCCUGCUCGGCAUCAGUAUAAUCGCAUGCUUGGGAUGCGUCGUCGAGCCGAGGCUGAACAUGGCAACACGAGUGAUGAAAUGGAAACACGGUUAUCAACUUCUGUGGAUGAUGCUUGGAAUAUUGAUGAUGCUUGGAAUAUUGAAGAUGAUGAUUUAUAUCAAUUUCCUUGGGCGCUCUAGCCUUCAUGGUUUAUUUGUCUCUAUUUUGGUGUGUAACUUUACCGUUUAUGUAUAGUUUUUGUAUUUGGAUAUGUAGAACAAACUUUGAGGUUGUAGCUUGUAAAUCAGUCUAGGUUGUACAUAGUGAUAAAGGUGAUGGACAUUUUCACUUCAUCGAAUGUACAAAAUGGCCUUGAAUGCAUGUUGGAUAGAGUUUCAAAGUCAGUGGUGUAACUUGCCACUUUCUUAUUGCAUAUGUUCUUGCUUGUCAAAGCCUUCCUCUCA